UCUUCCUCUCCUCAACAUCCUCCUACUCCACCCCACUAUCCACUCGUCUCACGCGCUCGUCCAGUGACGGCCCUACUUUUACACCCAUCUUGAUCAAUCCACCCCCGACGCUCAUCCAACUCUCGGUACCAGGCACCAGUCACCGCCGAUCAGGUCCAUCCCGCUUCCUGUCAACUUCUCUCUAGAACACGUCGUACCUUGGCAUCCCACCCCGCCCACACUAAAAAAAGGCCUCUCGUCAGCCUCUACUAUUAUGAGCUUUGCAGCGCCUGAAGAGCGUUACAACAACUACAACGCCUACCGCCCCCCCACCUCUUCCCACGGCGCGCCCGUCUCCCCCGACCAGCGUAUCCACUCCUCCCACGGCUACGCCAAACCGCCUACCCACGAAUCCCCGAGCCAGGUAUAUCAAGACCACCCGCUCGCGCCUGUUCCUUCUCACGGCUACGCACCCCAGAGCCAGCCCAUGACGCCCUUGACGUCGAAUUCGUACCCGCCCGCCAACCAGGCUGGGUCGUACUAUACCAUCCCGGGCCAAGGCCAGGCUCAAGGCGAGGCCAUCCCGUCCCCGCCGCCGAGCAGCGCGAAUCCGGUGAGGCCGGAUACUGCCAACAGCGGCAGUGGAGAGUUUGCGGCGCCUGCGGCGCCGACGCAGACGACAGAGGGAGGGGUGCCGAUUGUUCCUGUUGGCGUGUCGGGCGGCAAGUUGUUUAGGUGUAGAGGAUAUGGAGAGUGUGACAAGGUUUUCACGAGGAGUGAGCAUCUUGCUAGGCAUGUUCGCAAACAUACGGGCGAACGACCAUUCCCAUGCCAUUGCGGUAAAGCCUUUUCCCGUCUCGACAACCUGCGCCAACACGCCGCUACUGUCCACUCUGAGCAAACUGGCCUGAACGAGACCAUGCUCGCCUCCCUCGGGCCCAUACACGCCGCCCUCUCCCAGCGGGCGAGCAAAGAGCAGCGCAGAAGGGGCGAGGUCGUCGAAGUACCCAAGAAUGCCGUCGAGCGAAGACAGAGCGAGUACCGUACCCGCGGUGGCAGCGCCUCGUCCUCCCAGCCGAAUGCGGCGCAGGGUACCGCUCCUCCGAGCCAGACCAACUCGCCUUACACGGCUUAUCACGACCCCCAAUGGGCCUCGCAGCCCCAUAGCCGACCGAGGACUUCGGGGGGGUAUGAUUACCCGUAUGCUGCUGCGCCAGACCAUCAGCAAAGUAUGGGCGAAGACGCAGGGCCGUCGAGGAGGCCCGGGUCUGCGGCGGGGUAUGGCUACCAACAAGAUUUCUACGCCGGCGCCAACGGCCGUCCCGGGUCUGCUGCAGGCCCGCCCCCAGGCGAGAUGGGCAGCCUGCCAUACCCUUACCGACCCAUGUCUUCCCAAGGCCGCGACCUGCCCGUGCCCACGCACUAUGCCGAAUCCGAACCCCCCGCCUCGGCACACGGUCCCCCCGAAUCACCCAUGUACGCCAACGUGCCCAACCCGCAACAGCCCGCGUGGUCGUCCCCGCCCACGGGCCACUCGGCGUAUCCGCCGCAUGACGCGGCGGCGUACCCGGCGCCGGAGGGGUACGCUUAUAGCAGCCAGGGGGGGCAUGGGGCGUACCCCCCGAGGGAGGAGGUGUAUGAGUACCCGCCCCAGUCGGCUGGGGGGUGGCAGGGGGGGUAUCCCCCGUCUCAUGGGAGUUAUCCUCAAGGAUACAACAAUGGCGCGCACCAGCCCGAUUCUCCUUUCCAGUACAACGUCGGUCAUCCCGGUCACCCUGGUGCGCCCGGAGCUCCCGGAGCUGCUGCUGGCGCGCCCCCGGCAGGCGCAGAGGGGGGGUACUCGUACAGCAGUGGAGGGUACGACCGUAAACGCCGGGCGGAGGACGACGGUGGUGAUCACGACGCGCGGAAACACGCGCGACACGCGUCGGGCGGGCAAGGGCAAGGGGCAACGGCGGCGGGGAACGCUUCUGCCGUCAGCCUUAAUGCUGCUUUGGAAGCUUCCACCGGCCCUGGUGCGCCUGCGCCCGGUCCCGGUGGUGCUGUGAGGGGGGGCGGAGCGGGGGGAGUGGGAGGGGGCGGGAUGGAUUCGUGGUUGCCGCCGACGACGGAGAGGAGGGGCAGUCUGGCGAUUAGUGCGUUGUUGGGGAGCCCGAAGACUGUGGCGGAGCUUGAUGGUGCGGGACUUGGAGCUGGAGCUGGGGAGAGGGCGUCGCCGCCCAAGGAAGUGGAUGGGAAGGAGGGCGAGAAGAAGUGAGGGCAGUGAAGGAGUUGCUUUUUCUUCUGUGAUUGCCUUGGAUUUGAUUUGUGCGGGGCGUUCUUUGAGUGUUUACAUGACCAGGCUGAGCUGAGCUUGGUUGGUAGUCUUCUUUUCCUUGCUUUCUCUCUUUCUCUGAUCUCUCUCUAUAUAUCUGUUUAUAUUUCCUUCUCUCGUCUUGGUAGUUCUCGAAUCAGUCUCUAGUCUUUGCCUUUCCAUCUUCUUUCCGAGUACGUAUUCCCAAACAAAGUACCUUAACGAUGACAUGACUUUUCUUUCCCCGUCCGGUUCACUCACUGAGUUACUUGCUUAUUGGCUAGCGGUUAUUGGUCAAGAACAUACGAAAACAAUGGCC